ACCACCACCACCACCACCACCACCACCAACACCGAGGUCUAUCGCUACCUCGAGAGGGGACUUUCGCACACAAGCCUUAGGUUUACCGCGAUCAAUAAGGCAUUGCACCGGCACUGAGAGCGCAGCUUUCCGGGUUAGGCUCGUCAGGACACUCUACACUCACAGCGGCAGCGACACCACACACACCUAUAACAGCGCUCUCGGUACUCCAGUCCCGUCCACAAUGCGCGCUCAAGUGCUAGAACGCUUCAAUGCGCCAUACACCUUCACGACCGACCACCCUGCGCCGCCUCCACCCAAAGGCCAUGAGCUCCUCAUCCACGUCAAGGCGGCCUCAUACUGCCACACGGACGCGGUCUUCGCGGCUGGGGCCAUGCAGCAAGAACUCCCGCGUAUAGGCUCUCAUGAAUUUGCCGGCGUCGUGGAACAGAUCGGGCCCGACGCACAGAAGAUAGCCGAGGCAAAAGGGCUGAAGGUCGGAAGCUUGGUCGGUGUGCCCGGGCGGGCGUUCAAUGCGUGCGGCCAGUGCAAGGAGUGCACGGAGAAUGGCGGCGACAUGAAAGGGUAUGGUGUCUGGUGUACACGGGCGGGGAAUCUGGGGAUGACCAAAGACGGCGGGUUCCAGGAGUGGUGUCUUGUCGAUGUCCGGCAGGUUGCCCGCGUCCCCGAGGUAGGAAGCAUGCGGGCGGUGGAUAUCGCCCCGCUGAUGUGUGCGGGAGUAACGGUUUGGAACUCCCUUGAAACGGCAGGCGUGGAUACCACCGCCGGGAAAAGCAAUGGCCUCGGCAAAUACGUUGCGAUUCUGGGAGCGGGCGGCGGGCUGGGACAUCUGGGGGUGCAGUUUGCGGCGAAGCUGGGGUGGAAUGUUGUCGCCGUGGACACGACGCCCGCCAUGUCCAUGUUGAAGGAUGUGAUUGAGGGACUCGGGGAGGAUGGUAAGAGAGUCACGAUGGUGGAUGCGUUGAAGGAAUCUGCCGAAGACGCGAAGAAGCGCAUUUUUGGCGAGGCUGAAAAGGGGCUCGAGAGCGAAAAGGGUUGCGACUCGUCCAUCAUUCUCCCUGAAUCGCAAGCCGCCUUUGACUUUGGGAUGAACGUGUUGAAGAAUCACGGCACCUGUGUCUGUGUGAGCUUCCCAAAAGACGGGUGGAGGUUCAAGCCCGGCGAUCUGGUGUUUCGACACAUUAAGCUGUUAGGCGUCUUGACUGGGAGGAACCGACAGUUACAGGCCAUGGUCGACUUUGCGGCGAAAAACGGGGUGAGGGCAAGGAUCAGAACGUAUCCGCUGGAAAAGCUGAAUGAGUUGGUCGAGGACUAUCACCGGGGAGUGGGUGGAAAGCUGGUCGUAGAUAUGGAGAUGAAACCAUAG